GUAAGCUCUGUUCCGGUGCGUCUGAAGUAGAACCGAGCAACAAGACCUUUCUCCAAGUCCAAAUACCCCUUCUGCUUCGAGGCCAUCUCCGAGAGUAUCAGGAGGUUGGUCUCCAAUGGCUGGUUGCUAUGGAGGCUAGGAAACUCAACGGCAUUUGGCUGAUGAAAUGGGACUUGGGGAAGACAAUGCAGACCAUUGCAUUGUUAGCGCAAUCUAGUUGUUUCAAAGGUAUUUGGGGUCCUCAUCUUAUCAUAGUUCCAACAUCUGUUCUUCUGAACUGGGAAUUGGAAUUCAAGAAAUGGCUUCCAUUCCUUCAAGGUCAUGUCAUACUACGGGUCCCAGAAAGAGAGACGAGAGAAAAGAGUUGGCUGGACCAAACCCAACACAUUCCACGUGUGUGUUACGAGUUACAAGCUUGUUAUACAGGACUAUCGAGCCUUCAGGUCCAAAAAGUGGUAUUUCCUCAUUCUCGAUGAGGCACAUAAUAUCAAAAACUUCAAAUCUCAACGGUGGCAGCUUCUUCUCAACUUCAACUCUCAGCGAAGGUUGUUACUGACAGGGACUCCACUACAAAACAAUCUCAUGGAACUCUGGUCACUGAUGCACUUCUUGAUGCCCUCUGUAUUCGGAUCUCAGAGCGCGUUCAGGGAAUGGUUUGGUAAUCCUCUAGUCGGCAUGGUAGAAGGAACAGAGGAAUACAACGCGCACUUGGUAGAGCGACUACACAAGAUACUGCGCCCGUUCUUGCUGCGCCGCUUGAAGAAGGAGGUCGAGUUACAGCUACCUACUAAGACUGAGAGUGUUUUGAUGUGCGGUCUCUCCAAAAGACAAAGAGCGCUCUAUGAAGAGUUCUUGUCUAGGAAGGAUACCCGAGAUACGCUAUCUAGUGGCAGAUUUAUCAGUGUUAUUGGAAUUCUAAUGCAGCUCAGAAAGGUAUGCAACCACCCGGAUCUGUUUGAGGAACGUGGUGUGUUCUCUCCUCUAGCUCUCCCAUCCCUACAAACUAACACCCCUGCUCUUCUUCUCAACGCUCUCAGAUCUAACAACCACAUUGAUCUCGACUUCUUUAACUUCAACUUGGCUGAUUACGAACAUUCUCUUUCAGCCCACUCUGCUCACAGAACACAGCAGAUAAAAGCACACAGAUUGUUGAUAGAAGAAGUGAACUACAAAGGCGCAGUACCAGAUAACGUCCUAUACACCGCUCCUUCCCACUCCUCCUUCCCUCCUCCUCGUCCUCCUUCUCCCACAUUACCUCCUCUACCUCUUCUCAGACAAAUGCCAUCUCUUGCACCCCCUCGCAGCACUCCACCUACCAGUGCACGCUCUACUCCAGGUGCGCCAACUAGCUCUGCGCGCAGCAACCCUAAGAGCUCCCCUCGACCAAUGUCCUCGCCCCGGUCCUUACCUUCUCCUAGAUCUGUACACUACACCUCUCCUAACCCUCUCUCUCUGUCCUCACCUCGGAGCGAUUCCUCAGAACCCCCUCCUCUCAUGGCUAAACAAGUCACCAGAAACCCUGAGACAAGGGAAACACCAGUAGGUUCAGUGUCCCCUCAAUCUCCUGCCAGCAGUAAUCUCAUCCUGCCGGCUACUUUAGAGAUCCCGUAUCAGGAGUAAUGUUACCUCUAGUGGAGCCUGGAAUGCCGCCACCUCGCCGACCUCCUCUAGGACCACCUCAACUAACUAACUACACUUCUAAAGGGAGCUCUAAACGCGGAGCUAUGUUACCCCCGACACUAGCACACAGCAGCUGCUCGUCACCAGAGCCCCACACGCUGCGCACCAUGUCACCGCGCAACACUGUUGAGACGUCCCCUGUCAAAGCAGAGCGUAGGUCCCCUGACCACGCUGACGGCUGCUGCAACAACUCUCUCGCUCUGCCGUCACUGGAAGAAACAAGACAAGCGUGGAGGACAAGUAGGAGGAGGAUGUUAGCGGAUCUGAACGAUAUGAGGUGCCAGAGAGUUCCCAUGUACGGAGCUGAUCUUAUCAGUACUGUGUCUGUCAAGUUCUCUUCUGUGCAACACAAAACAGUGAUAGAGAGAAUGGAAGAUUUAUCUCCAAUAAUCGAGAGAUUUAUGAUAUGUUGUGAUCCAAUCUCUGUAUCAGUAAAUCCAAUCUCUCUAAAACACAUGGCUACAUCUCUUAUCGACCAGUGUCAUGACCUUACUGACCUUUAUCAUUCUGUCCGCUCAAAACUACAGAUGAUCAUGCCCGAAACUAGAUUAAUACAGUACGACUGCGGCAAACUACAGCGAUUAGACCGUUUACUAGCCGACCUGAAAGUUGGCGACCACAGAGCUCUGAUCUUCACUCAGAUGACUAAAGUCCUGGACAUUUUAGAGCGUUUCUUAAACUACCACGGUUAUCGAUACCUCAGAUUAGACGGUACCACCAGAGUAGACCACCGACUGGAGCUAAUGGAGCGGUUUAAUGCUGACAGUAAGAUAUUCUGCAUGAUCCUGAGUACCAGAUCAGGAGGAGUUGGUGUAAAUCUUACUGGUGCCUGACACUGUUAUAUUCUACGACUCUGACUGGAAUCCUACAAUGGACGCGCAGGCGCAGGACCGCUGUCAUAGGAUCGGUCAGACAAGGGAGUGUUCAACAUUUAUAGACUGAUAAGCUCCUGUACGAAUCGAGGAGAAUAUCCUAAAGAAAGCGAACCAGAAAAGGGUUGCUUGGUGCGGUAGGCAAUAGAAGAGGGUAACUUCACCACAGCGUUCUUCAAGAAGGACAACAUGGCCGAAUUAUUCGGUAAUACCAUUGUGGAGGAGGACCCCAGUACUGCCUCACCAAAACACAGGACUAUCUCUAAGAAAGAUCUGGAGCAGGUGUUAGCAGAUGCUGAAGACGUUGAAGACAGAAGCGCUGCACAACGAGCAACCACUGAACAGUCCCAAGAUAUGUGCGACUUUGACGAAGAAGUUGCUAUUGAGGGUGAACCUGCUAUGAGUGAAGCAGACAAAGAUAUCGUCGCUGAAAACAAAGAAUUCAAACAGUUUGAGGACGAAAUUAAAUCUAUUGAAGACGAG